AAACUAAAAAAAAGUGUUGACACGUUGACGACACACACAGAACAAUUUGGCUAGAAGUUUUUUUUUUGUAUUGUAUUUGGCGAGCAUUAAUUAAACGCUUUAACAAUUGCUGCGUUAUUUCGUACGGCGAGACAGGCAGCAAUCAAAUUCGACCUGCAAAGCGUUGUGUGGGGAGAAGCAACGACGAGAUUUCAACGAUUUUAGCCAAAUACCAAAUAAUGAAUAUGCUGCACCACCAAAGCAACAACAACAAAAACAGGAGCAUGAUAAAUGCAAUAGUAUUGCUCGGUUUGCUGACGCUGCUGCAGUGCAGCAAUGCGGUGGAAUUCACUUUCGAUUUAGCGGAUAAUGCCGAAGAUUGUUUCUACGAGGAGAUCAAACGCAAUACGAGCGCCUACUUUGAGUUUCAAGUGUCGGCGGGCGGACAACUCGAUGUCGAUGUGGUGCUAAAGGAUCCCAACAAUCAGAUCAUCUAUUCACUGGAUCGUGCCACCUUUGAUAGUCAUCAGUUUACGGCGGAAACGACGGGCGUGUAUACGGCGUGCUUUAGCAACAAAUUCUCAGCGUUCUCGCACAAAAUCGUCUACGUGGACUUUCAGGUGGGCGAGGAGCAAGCGUUGCCUGGCGUCGAUGAGCAUGCCACCGUGUUGACACAGAUGGAGACAUCGUCGCAGGCCAUCCACAAGGGGCUGAACGAUAUUCUGGAUGCGCAGACGCAUCAUCGUUUGCGUGAGGCGCAGGGAUUCAAGCGUGCCGAGCUUAUCAAUCAACGUGUCAUGGUCUGGGCAUCGUUGGAAACGGCGUCGGUGGUUUUGAUUGGUCUGGUCCAGAUUCUCAUUUUGCGCAACUUCUUCACGGAUCGUAAACCGAGUCAGACGCGUUACGAACGCUUGUAGAAGGAGGCAAGCGGUGGCGAAGGAGGAGGAGGAGGAAGAGUGAAAGACAAACGACGGACUAGGAAUUUUGCAGUGGAAGUCGCAGCUGGAACGUAAACAAAACAAAAAAAAAAACAUUAAAUGAAAAACAACAAUGAAAAGCAUCUCCUCUAGUUUCAUCUUGCAUACAUUUCCUUUUUUUUUUUAAAUAUAUAUAUAAAUACAUAUAAAUAUACAUUAUUAUUAUUAUAAUUAUUAUGAUUAAUUGCGAAAUUGUUAAAUCUCUUGCUCGCUACCUCCUCAAAAAAAAAAACAAAGAAAUUUGUAUUCCAAUUUUGUUUUAA